CCAAGUAAUGUAAUGUGUCGUUUUAACCAAUAGAUAGUAUUAAUGACAAUUGUACUAUUUAGUGUCAACUCUGUCUAAAAAUUAAUUCAUGCAAGACUAUAUAAGGAACUAGAGGGCCUAAUAAAAAUAUUAAAUUUAUUCAGCAGUAGUAAGGAAACCAGAGUUAGUCGUUUUUGGUUCUUGACAGCGACAAUAGUAAACAAAAGGAGAGAGAUCAAUAAAGUAUAAAAGUAAAAGAAUCUCCUUUGAUUUACGCAUUGAAAUUAUAAAAAUCAUGGAAGUUGAUACCAAUGGUACUCCUUAUUCGUUAAAAGGUGAUAAGAAAGAAGAUGAAAUAUUGCUGCAGCCAUUUAAUUAUAUUCUUCAAAUUCCUGGAAAAAAAAUACGAACUAAAUUAGCACAUGCUUUUAAUUAUUGGCUAAAAAUACCUGAUAAUAAACUCCAAGCUGUUGGAAAUAUUACACAAAUGCUUCAUAAUUCUAGUCUCUUACUAGAUGAUAUUCAAGAUGAUUCUAUUUUAAGAAGGGGAAUUCCAGUAGCACAUUCUAUUUUUGGUGUGCCUAGUACCAUAAAUGCUGCAAAUUACGUCUUAUUUAUUUCUUUAGAGAAGAUUCUUGCCUUAAAUCAUCCAGAAGCAACGCAAAUAUUCACGGAACAAAUUUUAGAGCUUCAUAGAGGUCAGGGAAUGGAAAUAUAUUGGAGGGAUAAUUAUAUUUGUCCAACUGAAGAUGAAUACAGGCAUAUGACUAUUAAAAAAACAGGCGGACUCUUCAAUAUGGCGGUGAGAUUGAUGCAAUUAUUUUCUACAUGCAAUGAGAAUUUUUCACAAUUAGCAGGAAUUAUAGGCCUUUACUUUCAAAUACGAGAUGACUACUGUAAUUUGUGUAGUCAAGAAUAUAUAGAAAAUAAAAGUUAUUGCGAAGAUUUAUCUGAAGGAAAAUUCAGUUUUCCGGUUAUUCAUGCAAUAAGACAUCAUCCUGAAGAUAAUCAAAUAAUGAAUAUUUUAAGGCAACGGACUAAAAACAUUGAAGUUAAACGUUAUUGUGUAAAUUUAUUAGAGAAAUUUGGAUCAUUUGCUUAUACGAGGCAUGUUCUCGAAACUCUAGAUAAAAAAGCUAGAGAUGAAAUAGAACGACUAGGAGGAAAUCCACUAUUGAUCACAAUUUUAGAUGAAAUUAAAAAUUGGUGUCCUCAAGAAACUUAAUUACACUAUGUAAUUACAUUAUUCUAUAAAAUUAUAUUUUAGUUUCAAUUAUAUAAAAGUUACUAUAUUUUAAUUUUUAUUAUGUAUAU